AACGAUGAUUCAUUUUGGAUUUCGAAUCCGAUUCGGGAGCCCUAAAAACCCGCUAAAUCGCAUUCCAAAUCAUCUACAAUCCAAGCUUCUUCAAAAUCUAGCAAUGGCGGAAGUUCCUCCCAGUUCCAGAAGACCCGUUUGUCCAUCCUGCUCGAAACCAGCCCGUAUCUGUCUCUGUUCGCGGCUCCAAAGCCACAGUCUCGAGAACUCAGUCGGGGUAAUCAUUCUUCAGCACAGUUUGGAGAAAAAUCACCCGCUAAAUUCUGCUAGAAUCGCAAAAUUAGGUCUCAAGAAUGUCGAGAUCGCCACGGUUUCCGACGUUAAUUUCGAGGCUCGCUUCACUAUUCGGUUGCCUGAACCUAAUUCCGCAGCACAAAAUUUUGAUCCCGAUGUAGAAUGUAGUUUCAGAAAUGGUCAGAAUGCAACUCGAAACCCUCAAAUUCAAGCGCAGAAUGGAGGCGAAUCUCUAGUUAAUAAACUUACUAGCACAACAGCUGAUGAAGGAGCUAUAAUUACUACUACGAUUGGGAAAUAUGGCGUUGUUAACUCAUUCGAUCACAUCUGGAUGCAUCAACCCAAUUUGCAGGAGCUUAAAAUCAAUGAGAUUUUGGCAUCUCCAGAAAUUAGGGCAUCAAUGGCAAAAGGGUUCAUCGUGAAAAAACUGCAGAAGCGGCAGCUACAUGGAAGCAAGGAGCUAGAGCAAUAUGCUGAGUUCGAGAUUGAGGUUCCUCCCAAGUCAGUUCUACUUUUUCCCUCUGAAAAUGCAUUUACUGUAAACGGUGAUGUUGAUGGUAGUGAUUUUGAUGUUAAUAAUUUGAUAGUUUUAGAUGGAACAUGGGCAAAAGCAAAGAGAAUGUACAAUGAAAAUCCUUGGUUGAGGCUUUUGCCACAUAUGAAGUUGGAUUUAGAGAAGAUGAGUUUGUAUAGUGAAGUGAGACAUCAGCCUAAGAUUGGUUUUUUGUCCACCAUUGAAAGCAUUGUCUAUGCCUUGAAAGUAAUAGGAGAUCAACCUGAGGGGCUGGAUGAUCUGUUGGAUGUUUUUGAGUCUAUGAUAGGAGAUCAAAGGAGAUGUAAAGAUGAGAGGCUGAACAUUACUUGUCAACUUUAAACUUUUCCUCCCAACUCAAAAUGGCCAACACUUAAUUUGGUUCUCGAUGAAUAUAUAUCAACUGACAAGACAUUGAAAAGGCGAAAAAGCGCUGCUGAAGUAGCAUGAGGCAGGCCUCUACUGAAUUUGCUAUGUCAGGAUUUGUAGAACUUUGAUUCUCAUUUUUCAAAGAGGUCAACAUAACUAGAUGAUCCUUUCAUUCCAAGAAGAAAUUGAAAGUUCACAAACCUUCAGUCACUGUGUAUUGUUCUGAGUUCUUAAUGAUAACUUAAGCAUAAUUUGACAUCAGUUCUAGUUCCUGCAGCUUCAAUAGAAUUAUAGAGUUUUGAACUCAUUCCACUCCCUUCAAACAGCAUCUUGCCAUCCAAAGUUGUAGGAAGUCAUACGUUAUCCUUUUCAAGUUUUCAUGAUUCCCUUGAGUAACCAAAUUCUCAUCCAUACUAAGGUUCAAAUAUCCAUGGAUUUGCAGUUCGCUGACUAGCUUCUUAUAGUAAGAAAAAUACCAGUUUUCUAAAUGUCUCUAAUUCGCAUCUCUGAUCAAAACAUACUAUACAUUGGCGGCCAUCUCGAAAAGUGGCUACUGGCUAUAUAAGCUCACCAAUUGUUUCUCACCUUGCAGCUAUUAGAGGAAGCUAGCAAUGAGCUUGUGAAAGGUUGGCCUGGUGAUGAUUCGUUCCACUCAGCAACUUGGAAGGAG